AUGUCGAAACGUGCAAACGAAAGUAGUUUGGAAUUUAUAGUGAAGAAAUUAAGAAAACUAGAAAAGGAAGUGAAACGUUCACGACAAGAAAAACGUGACUCCUUCACGUUAAGUUCUACAUCGUCAUCAAGCCAAUCCUCGGAAUCUUUGUCAAAUUCAUCGAGGUCAGCCACUUCUCAGGGAAUUAUUGCUAUUGGUGAAGAAGCCACCUCGAUCCCUAUGGAUCACAAUGAUACAAUUCCUCUCGAACAACCGACACCAGUGGAAAAUAAUGAGCAAAACGUUGUAUCCGAUAACGUAUCGGGUGAUCCGAUCGCAUCGAGCGUUCAUGAUGAAGGUGCUGCUAAUGCCGAAAUCCUGGAUAUAUUGGGUGCAGACCCAUCAGUAGCUAUCGAAUAUGGGCCCGAUAUUAAUAAGGAUGUGGCAACAAGAUUUACCCACGUGGCAACAGUGGGUUUAAACAAAGAUGUCCGUAAGGAACUUUUGAAGAAAUUCUUAGUUCCGGGGAACUGUACAAAUAUAGCUGCACCACAACUUAAUGCCGAGAUUAAGGCCACAGUCUCUGAACAGGUCGUCAAAAGGGACAAGGCUAUUGAAGCACGUCAGAAGCAAAUAGCAGCCGGCAUUUCAUCACUCGGAAAAAUAAUAUCGGAUCAGCUAUGUGCCACCGAGAAAAACAACGAUUUGAUCAGAGAUCUGAUGGAACUCGGACUUAAAGCCCGAAAUUCCCAAGUAACCAAAAGCUUCCACAUCGGCAAAUACAUCUGGCAAGAAUUUAAACUGGAAGGCGAGGGCCGCGACUCGCAGGCAGCCGACGGGCCCGCCGCCGCGUCACCAUCCGCCUGCCCAGCUGAACGUGCCGCCUCGCGGGAACUCGUCGCAAGGCUACACGCAGCGACCCAAGCAGACUCGCCGCCAAUAGACCCGCAAUGGCAACAUCCGAACCAACAUUACCCUGGUUGCCGGGGUCUUAUCCGGACUGCAUUGCUACAGCGAUGCGUGCCAGUCUCAGCCGUAGAAAUUAUGAUGGCUUCGUGGUCAAGUAACACUCUUAAGCAAUAUAAUGUUUACCUCAAACGUUGGUAUGACUUUUGUACGGAAAAUUCAGUAAACAUUUACGAACCAUCAAUUCCAAUCGUUAUAGAGUUCCUCACACAGAUAUUUAAUAAUGGUGGUCAAUAUAGAACUAUAAACAGCUACAGAGCCGCUCUCUCCUUAAUUGUUGGAAAUAUGUCGGAUGAUGAUAGAAUCACAAGAUUUUGUAAAGGGGUUUACAAGCUAAGACCACCAUUACCUAGGUAUAAUACCACGUGGGAUACAAACAUAGUUUUAAAUCACUUAGGCUCUUUGGCUCCUAAUGACAGUCUGACACUAGAACAGCUUUCAAAGAAAUGCACAACUUUGCUCGCUCUAGUUACAGCACACAGGGUGCAAACGCUGUCUAAAAUUAAAACUGAUCAAGUAAUUAUUUCUAAUGAUCAAAUAAUGAUAAGAAUUACCGAUUUGAUUAAAACGUCCAGAGCGGGUACAAGACAACCUAUCUUGUACUUGCCUUUCUUCAAGGAACGCUCAGAAAUAUGCCCUGCAGAGACGCUUAUUGUAUACAUGGACAGAACCAAAAACUUACGAAAUUCUGACAAACUAUUUAUAAGCGUACGGAAACCUCACAAUUGUGUUUCACCACAAACGCUCAGCCGAUGGAUUAAGGCCACCUUGAAAGAUAGUGGAAUUGACGUCUCUGUGUUUUCGUCCCACAGUACCCGACACGCCUCAACAUCCAUGGCGUUUAAGCUUGGCGUCAAUUUAGAUAUUAUAAGACAGACAGCUGGAUGGAGCGGCAGUUCCACUACCUUUGCAAAGUUUUACAACAGGCCGAUAGUUAAUAAUGAUGAUAACUCGGCCUUAGCAAGAACACUAUGUUCACUUUAA